UAGAAGGGUGCCUUGCCAGCGCUCACAGGAACCGCCGCAUCUUUCCUUGUUGCUGGAAACAAAGCAGAGUGGGGGCCAGUUGGGCUUCCCUGGGGGGUGAUCCAGCCAUAAUCCCCUGCUGUGGGUCUACAAGUAAGGCUUGAGCUACCUCUGCCAACAGAACCUUCCUUCUCAUGGCGAGUUCACCCUCCUUUCAGCCCAUUGAGGUGCCAUCCAAGACAGUCAACAUCACUGUGCAGAGUGGUUGUAACAUGAAAGGCGUCAAAGGAGACAGUCCAGUUACGUACGUGCGUAUUGAGUACAAUGGCUCCUUCCUCGGUGACACCCCCAAAAUGGAUGCAUCUGCAGAAGGAAAUGUGAAGUAUAAUUUCACCACCUCUUUUGAGUGCCAUCCUGAAGGGUUUCACUCUUUGGACGAUAUUGCCCAUAAACCUGUGUUAUUCACUGUGAUUGAAGUCUUACCAAAGGAGAAGAAGCAAAAAGAUGAGAAGGUUGUGUCUCUUGGACAGGCUGUGGCAGACCUUCUCCCUCUCCUGCAAGGAUCGUGUACAUUCAGCGCAAUGCUUCCCCUGCAUCCAUUGCCUGGUUCCCCGCUGGAGGCCCUCCGACCAGAAAUCAAGUGUUCCAUCAAUGUCUUAGUAUCUGUCCAGGAGAGCUUAUUGUCCCCAGCACAGCUGUCCGAAGGCAAUCUUCUGAGAGCGACUGUGGAAGCUGUCUAUUCUGCCCCCGAGGCAUUCAUCCUCACAGGGCCCCAAUAUAAUUACAUGGUUGGCUUUCAGGUGCCAGCAAUUGCUGAGAAAGAAUGUCCCUUCCUAUUCAAGAACGGGACCCUGAAACUUGGCGGUGAGAAAGAACCUGUGCCCCGGCCCAAGAAGUGGCCAGUUGCCAACAUUUUAGCUCCUGGAGGACAGAACAUCCCAGAUGCUGUCAUUGGUGGUGGUGCCUUUGAGGAGGAAGAUGGAGAACUGAAUACCCCAGAGGACCGGGAAACCAGGAUGCAGGCUGAAACUGUUAAGAAACGGAUUGUGUGGGACUUGGAAAGGCGUUGCUACCUCGAUCCUAUAGCUGUGCUAUGCUUUCGAAAGCGGAUUGCCGACUGUCGGUGUUGGCCCGUGGAAAUUACGAGAGUGCCAAUGGUCACGUCCAUGAAAGCCAAAGGUGGCAAAGGAGAGAAGGGAGGUGGUGGUGCAGAUGAAGACCCAAUUUCCUUUCAUGGCGUGGCUUUUGUCAGCUUGGUGCCUUUGCUGUAUCCUGGGGUGAAGCGGAUCCGGGGAGCAUUCCGCAUUUUUCCAUACCACGACAGUGAGGUGUUUGAAAAGACCAAGUGCCUCUUCAGUCUUUUUCGUGACGUGGGCCAUCAGGCCGCUCUUAAUAAAUUUGGGCCACUAGGAAUGUACAGCCCCCAUACCAAAAGCAUCCUUGGGAAGAAUGUAAAAGACGACAAGCCAGUCAAAGAAUUCAUGCUGAGAAGGCCAUCCACUAUUAUAAGAAAGGAUACUUCCGAGAUCACCGUAGAAGCUGCUGUAUCUGUAUGCCAGAACAUAGAGGGACAGCAAUAUGUAGAAAGUGGGAGUUUUCUUGUGAUAGAAUUUACGCUGGAUAAAGCUUUGGUGCCCAAGCGUCUGCCAGAGGAACUCGCCAGCCGAGUGAGAGAGAUGAUUCCUCCACACCCUCAACUCCCUCGAAGGACUGCGGGAGCCAUGAAGGCUGUAGAAGAUUACCACAUGCAGAUCACCAGCAUCGCUGCAUCUAUCCUAGAUGAGUACCAUGACCUAUUUGGAAGGCAGGUGGCUGAAGGGUUAGUCGUUGAUACUCAGACCCUGGAAGACCAGAAAUGUCAACUCAACUAUGAGCUCAACACCUCAGGGAAAUAUUUUGCCUUUAAGGAGCAACUCAAGCAUGCUGUUGUGAAAAUUGUGCGGGAGAAGUACUUAAAGACAACGGCCUUUGACACUCUGGACCAGCUCCAAGCUUUCCUAAAUGAGUUGUACGUCUACCUGGUGGAUCAGAUGCAUGUUGCUUUGAAUCAGGUGCUGUCCCUCCAGACUCCAAGUCCUCCUCCUCCUGUUUAUACCACUUUGGAGCAGCUCCAACUGUUUGCUCGAGAAGCCCAGAUCAACGGAGACUAUGUUUUGGCAUCAACUUACUAUCAGGAGAGGUUGUCUCGAAACCCCCAAGAUAUCCAGAGCUGGUUGGAUUAUGGAACUUUCUGUCUGCUGACUGAAAACAACCUCAAGGCCCAGGAAUGCUUCCGUGAGGCUGUUGGGCUGGAUGCCAAUCACCUGCCCAGCGUGCUGCUGUGUGGGAUCAUGGCUGUGAUGCUGCAGAAUUAUGAAGAGGCUGAGGUCUUUUUUGAGGAUGCUACGUGCGUGGAGCCAACCAGUGUCCUGGCCUGGACCAUGUUAGGGCUUUUCUAUGAUAUCCAGGAAAACUACAUUCGGGUCGAGAUGGCCUUCCGCGAGGCUACCAAGCUCCAGAAGGCCCGUCUGGCCAAAGAGAAACCAGGUCCUGAGGUUGCAGAAGGGCUAGGAAAGAGGGGGAUGUCUUUCACGGCCACACAGGCGCAGCCCCUGGUUGGUGCAGUGGAGAGCGCUGCAGAGGAGACUCCAGAAACCGCAGCGAAAAUCCAAGCAGAGUCCCAAGAGCCAGCCACCCUCCUUCGUGUACCAGAAGAGGAAGUCGUAACUAAAGUGGUUAAGAGAUUGUCUGUUACACCCAGUAAAUUGAGGUUGAACACCCAGAGAGAAGCGCCCAAACCUGUUGCAGCUGUAUAUGAAACAGAGCUGAACCUGGCCCUUUUCACCCCGCCCACCCCCACCAUUUUCAUGGAGACAAUAAGCUUCCUCUUGGACGUCAAUGCCCUUCAGUUUGUUCACAGGGCCCUGGCGCAUGAGUUGAUCUGCCCUCAAGGAGGCCCCAGCUGUGAUUAUUACUUGGUGCUGGCCCAGACCUACUUGCUCAAGAAGAAAUAUCACAGGACAGAAGAGAGCCUGGAAAUGGCCAUGCAGAUUGAUUACCUGAAUCCAGAGGUUUGGGCACAAAAAGGCCACCUCUGCUACCUGACUGGGGACUUCAGCGAAGCAAAGUCCUGCUACGAACGCACCAUCAGCUUUGUGGCGGAUGCGAAGGAUAUGCAUUCUGUGUAUCUGCGAUUGGGGUCCAUAUAUCUGGAAAGCAAAGAGUACGACAAAGCAAAGCACAUGUACCUUGUGGCGAGUAAGAAAUCACCUUCUUGUCUCACGUGGCUGGGAGUAGGAAUCGCCUGCUACCGGCUGAAAGAAAUGGCAGAGGCAGAGGACGCUCUGUCUGAAGCCAAUGCCCUCAACAACAACAACGCAGAAGUGUGGGCGUACCUUGCUUUGGUCUGUAUGAAGGGCGGAAGGCAGCUGGAGGCAGAACAGUCAUAUAAAUAUGCUGUCAAGCUGGAGCUGGACAACCCAGAUCUCCUGCAGGAGAUCAAACAGGUGCAGUUAGAAGUUGGCUUUGGUGACCCGUCAUUCUGAUCUCCUCCGCUGCUACUGUUGAAGCCGGGGCCCCAUCCAGCAGGGAGGUAGGCCAGGUUGCCAGAUUGUUGCCAACCAUCAGCCCAGCUGGCUGCUGCCCCAUCUUGAAACAUUGAUGGCUGGUUGUUUCCAACGUUGCAUUGUGAAAAGCUUACGGGGCUUCCGCAUGGCAGUGUAUGAGCUCCUGGAAUUUAGAAGAACAUUCUGGGAAAUACACUGGAAGGAUUCCAUUCACUUUGUGGAAUAUCCAGCUGUGCCCUUGAAGUCGGCCACAAGGCACCACAAGGUCUGACUGAUCUCUAGGGGUCAAUACGCUGAAGCAAGCGUUCGCAGCCCCU